GAGGCUGGACGUGAAUAUUCCGGAUGUUGAUUGUUGCAGCGUGGAUUCCGCAGGCCACGCUGCUGCAGCAGUAAUGGACGCAUUCGAGUUGUUUAAGAAACUCGGAGCCGGGGCCAAAUUUGACUUCAAGAGAUUUGGUCAAGACGCUGCUCGGUUUAAGGUGCCCAGAUCCCAGGGUGGAGAAGCCUCGCUGGAUUCUCUGUCUGCGAUCGACUACUUCGGCACAGGAGCGGCUAAUGGAGCCCAGAGCUGGACCCAGGGAGAGGAUGAGGAUGAAAGGGGGGAGGAGGAUGAGGAGAGCAGUGAAAGUGGAGAAUCUGAAGCAGGAGGCAAAAGAAAGCAGAAAGAGCAGGAGAGAGACGUGAGGCACAAAGCCAAGAAGACUAAAAGCAGCCAGAUGGAGGAGAAAGCUGGGGGAGAGCCACUGAGUGAGACCCAGAGAGGCGGCAUCACCUGGACCUCCUUGGACAGAAAGAUCCAAAACCUACCGAAGGAUGGGAAAGAGAAGUCCUCGCUCAAGAGGCUGAAACAUCUUCAUCAGGAGAAGGUGAACCGCAUUCGUGCGCAGCACCGUAUAAACGUACAUGGCUGCGAUGUGCCCGACCCAGUGUGCUCGUUUGAAGAGCUUCAGUCCGAGUAUUGUCUCAACCAGCGCGUUCUUCAGAACCUCAAGGAUGCAGGACUGAACACGCCAACGCCGAUACAGAUGCAGGCCAUACCGCUCAUGAUGCAUGGUCGGGAGUUGUUGGCCUGCGCUCCUACUGGAUCUGGAAAGACUCUGGCCUUUUCUCUUCCACUGCUCGCCCACCUGCAGCAGCCGGCCAAUUUGGGCUUCAGAGUUCUGAUCAUCUCCCCAACCAGAGAACUGGCCAGCCAGACCUACAGAGAGCUGCGGCGCCUGUCGGAGGGAAUCGGCUUUAGAGUUCAUAUCAUUGAUAAAGCUUCCCUGGCAGCGAAGAAAUACGGUCCACAGUCAAAUAAAAAAUAUGACAUACUGGUCAGUACUCCAAACAGACUGAUCUAUCUUCUCGAUCAGGACCCUCCAGGAAUCAACCUGAACAGUGUGGAGUGGCUGGUUGUCGACGAGUCUGAUAAGCUGUUUGAGGACGGGAAGACGGGCUUUAGGGAGCAACUGGCGACCAUUUUUCUCGCGUGUUCUAAUGCUAAGGUGCGUCGGGCUUUCUUCAGCGCCACUUGCACGCCAGAGGUAGAACAGUGGUGCCGCCUGAACCUCGACAACUUGGUUUCUGUCAACAUCGGACAUAGAAAUGCAGCAGUGGAGACGGUGGAACAGGAGCUGCUGUUUGUCGGGACGGAGAACGGGAAGCUCGUGGCCAUGAGGGACAUCAUCAAAAAAGGUUUCCUGCCUCCCAUGCUGGUGUUCGUUCAGUCCAUAGAGCGAGCGCGGGAGCUCUUCCACGAGUUGGUUUAUGAAGGCAUCAAUGUUGAUGUGAUUCACGCCGAACGCACGCAGCAGCAGAGGGACAACGUGGUGAACAGCUUUCGCUCCGGUAAGAUUUGGGUGCUGAUCUGCACGGCUCUGCUCGCCAGAGGAAUCGACUUCAAAGGAGUGAACCUGGUGCUGAAUUAUGACUUCCCCACCAGCGCCGUGGAGUACAUCCACAGAAUCGGUCGUACGGGCAGAGCAGGACAUAAGGGGAAGGCCAUCACCUUCUUUACAGAAAAUGACAAACCCUUGUUGCGCAGCAUUGCUAAUGUUAUAAAACAAGCUGGGUGCCCUGUACCGGACUACAUGAUUGGCUUUAAAAAGAUCCACAGCAAAGUAAAGCGAAGACUUGAGAAGAAACCACCCAAGAGGAGCACCAUUUGCACAACCCCUCGCUUCCUCAUGAAGAAAAAACCCAAAACCGAGAAAAAAGGGCAGAAGAAAGCAUCAAACAGGAACCAGAAAGGAGAAAACGACCCUCCGACAGCUCACCAGCAGGACAAGAACAAGAAGACAAAAGGAAAAGUUCAUAUUGCUAAACAGAAAGAAGGAAAACCCAAAGAAGCAGUUCAGAAAACAAGAUCAAAAUCAUCAGGAGUUAAGUUAAGGAAGAAAAGCGGAUGAAGAAUAUAUCAAAGGACAAGAGGACCAUGGUUGCACGCAGACUGAUGGUGUUAUAGUGGACUUUUUUUCAUGAACAUUAUUUUUAAUGGUUUCACUGUUGUGCAUUGUAUAAUCAGAAAAAAGAAUAAUUGUUUAUACAUUUUCACUUUUCAGCCUUUUAUUUGUUCAGCCACUUUGUCAUUAAAGAAAAAACGUUGAUGAUAACGUCUUAACGUUAUCAGCAAUAACACUAUUUUUGUGUUUAAAGGUGUAUGAUAGAAAAUAAUUGAAAGUUCAUUUUUUUUCAGUAAUUGAAUUCAAAAGUAAAAUCUAUAGAUUCA